AUGGAACGCAAACGGACUCUAACGAUGAACUGGGACGGCCUCCGCGACGACGACGACGCCGACGACCGCUUCUACGAGUCAAACGACAGAGUCUCCUCUGCCAUUUCGCUCGACCUCGCGUCCUCCUCAUCUGAAGAAGACGACGACAGCGUCGACUUCGAAGAAAGUCGCGUGUCCUUCACCUCCGCCGCCUCCUCCGCCCACUCCGCCAAAUCUCGAAGCUCCUCGUCCCCACCCCCCGACUACGAUGUCUGGAUCUCCGCGCCGGGGUCCAUCAACGAACGCCGCAAGCGCCUACUACGUGGCAUGGGCUUGGACAACAAUAAGAAAGAUUUUAUCAGCUUCAAACGCAUCGUUUCAAAUAGAUCUCAAUCUCAACGGCUUACUUCUGCACCAACUACCUCUCCUACCAAAGAACCCAAAACAGAGUCGCCUUCGAAUUCCAAUUCCAAUUCCCCAUCGCCGUCGCAAUUGCCGCUCGUUCUGGUCCGGUCACGGUCCGACAGCGAUAUCGAGACAUUUUCGAUAUCCAGGCGACGGAAAGUGGAGUUGAUCGGCGCAGUAUCGAAGCAAAGGCUCACGAGAACCUACUCGAUGAUACUCGCGCCACACGCUCGAGUAUUCCCUCCGUACGCGGAUUCCAUCAGAGUGUGGCCGAAAGGAUCCGAAUCCGCCACCGGUACCGGGCGGUCCAUCCGGGGCGCGCUGUCGAAGACCCGGUUCGGCGCGUUCUUUCUAAUCAAGAACCUGGACACGGGGACGGAGUUCAUCGUAAGCGAGUACGACGAAGACGGGAUGUGGAACAGGCUCAGUGACCUUCAGACCGGGAGGAAGCUGACGAUGGAGGAAUUCGAAAAGUGUGUUGGGUAUUCUCCGGUGGUGAAGGAGCUAAUGCGUCGAGAGAAAGUCUCAUCGAAUCUGAUGAACGGCAUCGACGAAAGCGCCAUCGAGAGAAAAGUGAGCGCCAAUUCGUAUUUCUCCAAGAGUCUAAGGAUGAGCAAGAGAGGAGGGGCUGCGCUGUUGAAGAACGUGAGGGGAAUAGCGAAUUCGAUGAGCGGAGGGUUGAUUGGUGAGAAGGAGAGAGAAUUCUCGCAGCUUCCAUUUCCGGUACUGUUAGAGCAGAGACUAGGAAAAAAUUCGUCGGAAUGGGUAAAAGUCCGGCAGAGCGGGAAGACGUACAAGGAGCUCUCGGCGCUGCAUUUAUGCCAAGAGAUUCAGGCCCACGAGGGGUCGAUUUGGACGAUCAAAUUCAGCCACGACGCACGGUUUCUUGCCAGCGCAGGGGAGGAUCGGGUGGUUCACGUGUGGGAAGUGCAGGAGUGCGAGAUCAUGUCGUUAAGGCCUAUUGAGGAAGGAGGAGCUAUGACCCAGAAUAUGAGUCCCAUCCAUCCUUCGUUGUGUGCUGCUUCGCCGGAUAAUAGGCCCUCUCCGGCUCUUGGGGAGGUUACGCCAUUGCCGUCGGAGAAGAAGAGAAAGGGAAAGUCUGCCACCAGAAAAUGGAAUUCGAUUCCAGAUUAUGUUCACGUGCCGGAGACAGUAUUCUCGCUUUCAGAGAGGCCUGUCUGCUCAUUCCAAGGUCAUGCGGAUGAUGUUUUGGACCUGUCCUGGUCCAAAUCUCAGCUGUUGCUUUCAUCUUCAAUGGACAAAACUGUGAGAUUAUGGGACUUAGAAAGCAAGAGCUGCUUAAAGUUGUUUGCCCACAAUGACUAUGUAACUUGCAUACAGUUCAAUCCUGUAGAUGACAAUUAUUUCAUUAGUGGCUCACUGGAUGCAAAGGUUAGGCUAUGGAGCAUACCUGAUCGGCAUGUUGUAGACUGGAUUGACUUUCAUGAAAUGGUCACCGCUGCAUCUUACACCCCUGAUGGCCAGGGUGCCAUCAUUGGUUCACACAAAGGGAUUAUUCGCAAGUAUAACACAGAAGAUUGCAAGUUGGAUCAAAUAAGCCAAAUCGAUAUUCAAACAAAGAAGAAAUCUCACGCUAAAAAAAUUACUGGCUUCCAGUUUGCCCCAGGAAAUCCAUCUGAAGUGCUUGUUACUUCUGCUGAUUCCCGGAUUCGGAUUUUGGAUGGUUCAGAUAUCACUCAUAAGUUCAAAGGCUUUCGAAAUACAAGCAGCCAAAUUGCAGCUUCUUUUAGUGUAGACGGGAGAUAUAUCAUCAGUGCAAGUGAAGACUCUCAUGUUUACAUUUGGAAGCGAGAAGAGCCCAGAAAUGCAGGCAAUGGAAAAGGCAAAAACUUAGUCACCGUCCAACAACAAGAGCACUUUCAGUGCAAGGAUGUUUCAGUAGCAAUCCCAUGGCCAGGCACAAUAAAAGGUGAUCCCCCUCCCAUGCCAGUGCAUUCAAAAAGGCACUCCAAAACUUCCAACUCCCCAUUACCAUCCGCCAGUGCUUCUCCAAUCAGAGAGGACAACAGCACAAACAGUAAAAGACAUUUGCCACCGCUUCCCAAGAAAGGCUCCACUGCUCAAGAAAGUGUUUCAACUCCCACAGAGGAAGAGCUUGCUCUGGUUUCUCGUACGGAAUCAGGGAUUGGUGAGUCUUUCAAUUCAGUCUCUGCAUCAGUUAGGGUCGGCGAUUCUUUUUCCAUAUCUGCUGCUGCAAAUCCAUCCUCUUCUUGGUCUUCCUCUUGGUCUUUGUUUGAUGCUGGAAAUACCCAUGUGAGCCAUGGCAUCCAACCAACAUCAUGGGGGUUGGUAAUUGUCACAGCCGGGCUGGGAGGUGAAAUCAGGGCUUACCAAAAUUUUGGGUUGCCGCGUAGGAUCGGCCGCCAGACCAGUCUCUUCGGAGGCAAUACAUGAGUAUAUAUAUAUACAUAUAUAUACAUUUUUUUUUUCCCGUUGACGACAAAACUUCUGCAUACAACUUGAACUAUUCUGGUGAAAUCAAACAGCCGGAGUGGUCUUUAUUCUUUAACGUUGUAAAUGUCGACAGUUCCUUACCAGAAAUUUUGUAAAUUAUUUUGAAUUUUCCCACACAGUU